GUUUAAUAGGUCAAAGGUCAAAGAGAAGCUGGUUUGAGGUCUGGAGAGGAGCAAGCCAUGACACAGGAGGCCAGGUUCGCAGGCGGACACCAGGACAGUGUGCUGUGCCUGGCCUGCAGUGUGGACGGUGUACUGGCUAGUGGUGGGGAGAGUGGAGAGCUCUGCCUCUGGUCAGUCGAGAAGCCGGGUCUUCUGCGCCAAGUCUCGGGGCUUUCGGAUGCUGAUGUCACCUCAGUCUGCUUCUCGGUGAAGCAGCCUCAUGUGCUGUGUGCAGCGGUGGGGGAGUCUGUACUCCUUUUCGACUCCAGGGAUGUGUCAGAGCCAGUCCACCAGUUCAAAUUCAACUCCGAGGAAAUUAACCAAGUCACCUUGAAUGAAAAAGAGAACUUUCUGGCUGCCUGUGACGACUCUGGUGAAAUUAAGAUUAUAGACUUUGAAGGGAGAAAGUUGUUCAAGACAUUACGUGGCCAUGAAAAUAUCUGCUCGAGUGCAAAAUUUUGCCCCAAGAAAACGUGGGGAAUGGUGUCCGGGGGACUGGACCAAAAUGUCAUACUGUGGGACUUCUCAAGGGGGAAGAAGUUGAAGAUCUGUAACAUGCAAGACUUUGUCUCAGAAGAUGGGCCAGUUAGUGCUUACAUGUUCAAUCCUCCCUUAGUUCACUCUGUUGAUAUAUCGGGACAGACAUUUGCCUGUGGCCUGGGGAACUCGGUCAUUCAGACAUUCAGACUUGAGGGAAAGAAGUCGUUUAGACACACAGGGACACUAGAGGGACAUUCACAAGGAGUUUCCCAAGUUCACUUCCCACAGUUCCAGGCAGAAGAUGCUCUAGUAUCUGCAGGCAAUGAUGGGAAAAUAAUUGUAUGGGAUCUUGCAAGCAAUUUGGAAUCACAUGCUGCAAGUUCUAGCAAGAAGACAGUUGAAGAUGAAGGGGCAGUUGGAAGUGCAGAGUCAGUAAAAAGCCACAUUGUUCAAAGCAUAGACCACGGUUCGAAAAUUAACUGGUUAGCUUCAGGUUGUGUUCAAGAGAAGAGGCUACUUUUUGUUGCAGAUGUUUCGCCUGUAGUUACGGCAUAUUCGCUAGGGGAAGAUGAUGGAAAAGGAAAUGUCUGAACAUCAGUGAUAGUCAUUUGUUUGCUUACUUCAUUCGCAAUCAUUGAAGACAGUGUAUCUCAUUGAGGAAAGUCAUUUGGCUUGCUGCAAAACUGAAGUAUGAUUGCAGAGAAUGACAUGUUCAGUCUUGCUGCUGCAUUGGAUCAUCAUUACCAUGGAUACCUGUGCUGCUAAAAGUGAACUAUAAGAACUACACACACAAUGUACAGCAUGGAAGAAAGAAGCUUGGACGGCUGAUGCAAAUGGUGGAUCUUGCCCUACAAUACUUCAGAAUGUUAUGAAACGGGGCCUCCAGAUGAUACACAACUGUCUUGCAUCCAAUAACUGGUGAUGAAGCCAGCAACAUUCAAGCCAGCAUCUGCCCAGAUUUCAGGUGAGGACAGACAUUGGUGUUGCUACCAUGCACUUGGAAAGUGUGCAAGUUCUCAUUCAAGGUCUGAUGCUCCAGCUUGAUUGGUAAACACGUCAUUCAAGGAUAUGAUGCUGAGAAUUAAAUUUUCACUUAAUGAUC